AUUUUGCAUAUAUAUAACACAUGUAUGCAUGUACUCAGUUUAGAAAAAAAAAAACAUUUCGGCAAUAUUCUUUGAAUUAAAAUGGGAGUACCGGCAUUCUUUAGAUGGCUAAGCAAAAAGUAUCCUUGCGUUAUAAUAGAAUGCAACGAAAACAAGCAAGUAGAUCCGGAAACAGGCAAAAAUAUUUACGAAGAUGCGACUUUACCAAAUCCCAAUGGCAUCGAAUUUGACAACUUAUAUCUCGAUAUGAAUGGCAUUAUACAUCCUUGUACACACCCUGAAGACAAGCCAGCCCCCAAAAAUGAAGAAGAAAUGAUGGUUGCCAUAUUUGAAUGCAUUGACCGACUUUUCGGUAUUGUGCGGCCCAGAAAAGUAUUGUAUAUGGCCAUUGAUGGAGUUGCGCCAAGAGCCAAAAUGAAUCAACAACGAUCAAGACGAUUCCGCGCUGCUAAGGAAACAAUUGAAAAACGGCUGGAAGUUGAGAGAAUUCGAGAUGAGCUCUUAGCACGAGGCUGCAAACUGCCACCGCCAAAGGAGAAAGGGGAACAUUUUGACUCAAAUUGUAUAACUCCGGGAACUCCGUUUAUGGACAGAUUGAGUAAAUGCUUACAUUAUUAUGUACACGACCGCCUUAAUAAUAAUCCAGCAUGGAAGGGAAUCAAAGUAAUUCUAUCUGAUGCCAAUGUACCAGGCGAAGGAGAGCACAAAAUCAUGGAUUAUAUACGCAAACAACGCGCACAGCCUGACCAUGAUCCUAACACCCAUCAUGUUCUUUGCGGAGCUGAUGCUGAUUUGAUAAUGUUGGGGUUGGCGACUCACGAACCUAACUUUACUAUAAUUCGCGAAGAGUUCCUUCCGAAUAAGCCACGUCCCUGUGACGUCUGUAAUCAGUUUGGACACGAAAUGGACAAAUGUGUUGGACUCGGCGCAGUUGGUCCAAGUAGUAGUAAUUUUGCUCCCGAUGUCCCGAUUGGAGCAGAAGUUAAGUUUAUAUUUGUCCGGUUAAGCGUUUUGAGGGAGUAUCUUAAAAAAACGCUGGAAAUGCCUAAUCUACCGUUCGCAUAUGAUUUUGAGAGAGCUUUAGAUGAUUGGGUUUUUAUGUGUUUCUUUGUGGGAAACGAUUUUUUACCUCAUCUGCCCAGUUUGGAAAUCCGAGAGGGCGCCGUAGAUCGAUUGGUCGAGUUAUAUAAAAAAUGUGUUUAUAAAACUAAAGGAUACUUAACGGAUUCCGGGGACGUUAAUUUGGACAGGGUUCAAUUGAUCAUGACAGAUUUGGGGAAUGUAGAAGACCAAAUAUUCAAGGAUAGACAAAGAAGGGAGCAGCAGUAUAAGGCGAGACAGAAAAGGGACAAUAAUAGCUAUAAGGGUAUGGAACAAUCUGUUUUCGGCCCGACGGCUGUUGGACCAAAUAGUGCUAAGGGCAAAAUAACUAACUAUAAACAAGAAGCGGCUGCCUUAAGACUUGGAUCAGGGGAAGGUGGAGUUAAACGUUCUAGUUCAGAAGCCAAUUUAGAUGAUGAAGAAGAGAAUAACGAUGAAGUGCGACUUUGGGAGGAAGGUUUUAAGUCCCGAUACUACGAAUCUAAAUUUGACGUAGCUCCAGAAAAUCUACAAUUUCGUUAUGCUGUUGCACUUCAAUAUGUUAGGGGACUCUGUUGGGUUCUAAAAUAUUACUAUCAAGGCUGUGCAUCUUGGAACUGGUACUUUCCUUACCACUAUGCACCAUUUGCAUCUGAUUUCGUAAAUAUUCAAGGACUUUCGACGUCAUUCGAGAAAGGAACAAAACCGUUUAAUCCACUGGAGCAAUUGAUGGGAGUAUUCCCAGCAGCUAGUAGCUCACAUGUGCCUGAACCAUGGGCAGAGUUAAUGUCCAAUCCUCACUCAACUAUAAUUGAUUUUUAUCCAGAAGACUUUAAGAUCGACCUCAAUGGUAAAAAGUUUGCUUGGCAAGGUGUUGCUCUGUUGCCAUUUGUUGAUGAGAAAAGGCUAUUCAAGGCGCUUAUACCUCUUCAUAGCCAUUUAACAGAUGAAGAAGUCAAGCGUAACAAAAGAGGGGAAAAUAAUCUUUACAUUAGUAAAUUAAGUUCUCAUUUCAAGUCUGUUCAAAACCUAUACAAAAAAGCUGACAGCUCGCAAAAUGAAGACUGCCCCAUAUCAUUCGAUGGAAUGACUGGAACUAUUUCGGCAUCUGAACUCAACACCAUCUUAAAUGGUCACUUGAAGUCACCAAUACCAAGUCUCCCUGAUAUUGUUGAGAAUACCACUAUAACAGCUGUUUUUAAGGACCCUCAGUAUGAUGAGGACUACAUUUUCUUGGCUAAGAGGCUUCCCAAAGCUGUGGAUCCUCCUCAAGUUAUACAAUCGGACAAUAAUAAAAAUGGACCUGUUAUCGGAUUCGGAAAUCAUCAGCAGAGAGCUUAUCUCCCACCUGGAGCUCAACGAUUAGUUUCCUCCAGCAUGCGAAGAAAUGAUAAUGGACAAGGUUAUUCAUAUCAAAAUAAUGGGGGAAACGCUAUGAACUACAACUAUCAUCAAUCGCAAGGCUACCAUUCUAAUCAAAAUUAUCACAGACCAUACAAUCAAAGAAACCAGGAUUCCAAUUAUCAACAGAGGAACAAUUAUAAUGGGCCCAGGCAUCAAAACUACCGACAAGGAAACCAUAGGGGAAAUAAUAAUCAGCAUUCAAAUUAUAGAAGAUUUUAAGAUGUAGACCUUCUUCAUACUCGUAAUUAAUGAUGCAAAGAAGUAAAUACUUGCAAGCCAAUUAUACAUAAAUGAUUAUGUACAUCGGCUUUUUAUGAUUUUUCUAAUAAAACCUAGAAAUUAAGCUAUAAACAUUUGUCACACAUGAAUGUGAAAUUUAAAAAUAUAUCUUUUAAAGCUGUCUAAGCUUUUACCUAAA